AUGACGCCUUCCCUCCCCUCCAUAGCAGCUCAAGGUGACUGCUGGCUCCUGGCAGCCAUUGCCUCCCUUACUUUGAAUGAGAAGCUGCUUUACCGGGUGGUGCCCAGGGACCAGAACUUCCAGAAGAACUAUGCGGGCAUCUUUCAUUUUCAGUUCUGGCAGUAUGGAGAGUGGGUGGACGUGGUCAUCGAUGACAGGCUGCCCACCAAGAAUGGGGAGCUGCUCUUUCUACACUCUGAAGAACGCAAUGAAUUCUGGAGUGCACUGCUGGAGAAGGCCUACGCCAAGCUCAAUGGCUCCUAUGAGGCUCUUGCUGGAGGCUCCACAAUAGAGGGGUUUGAGGAUUUCACAGGUGGCAUCUCUGAGUUUUAUGAUCUAAAGAAGGCCCCAGGCAACCUCUAUCAUAUCAUCCGGAAAGCCCUUCAAGCAGGGUCUCUGCUGGGCUGCUCCAUUGAUGUCUCCAGUGCAGCUGAAGCAGAAGCCAUCACCAGGCAGAAGUUGGUUAAGAGUCACGCAUACUCUGUCACUGGAAUUGAAGAGGUGGAUUUCCGUGGCUCCCCAGAGAAGCUGAUCAGACUCAGAAACCCAUGGGGUGAAGUGGAGUGGUCGGGGGCCUGGAGCGAUGAUGCACCUGAGUGGAAUUACAUAGAUCCCAGGCGGAAGGAAGAGCUGGACAAGAAAGCUGAGGAUGGCGAGUUCUGGAUGUCAUUUUCAGAUUUCUUGAAGCAGUUCUCUCGACUGGAGAUCUGCAACCUGUCCCCAGACUCUCUGAGCAGUGAGGAGGUGCAUAAGUGGAACCUAGUGCUGUUUAGUGGCCGCUGGACGCGGGGCUCUACUGCUGGGGGCUGCCAGAACUACCCAGCCACUUACUGGACUAAUCCCCAGUUCAAAAUCCAUUUGGAAGAGGUGGAUGAGGACCAGGAGGAGGGCACUGGUGAACCCUGCUGUACCGUGCUGCUGGGUCUGAUGCAGAAGAAUCGCAGGCGACAGAAGAGGAUAGGACAAGGCACACUCAGCAUUGGCUACGCUGUCUAUCAGGUUCCCAAGGAGCUGGAGAGUCACAUGGACACACACCUGGGCCGGGACUUCUUCUUGGGCCACCAGCCCUCUACCUGUUCCAGCACCUACAUCAAUCAGCGGGAAGUGUCUGGCCGGGCCCGUCUUCCACCUGGGCAGUAUCUGGUGGUGCCAUCCACCUUCGAGCCCUUCAAGGAUGGCGACUUCUGCUUGAGGGUGUUCUCGGAGAAGAAGGCCAAGGCCCUGUGA